UGAGCUGGAGACUCGGUAAAGUUGUUGUCGCCGGAAGUCUGGGGGAAAAACGCUACCGGGUGAUGGCGGCAAAGGCUAAGGCAGAGGAGGUGGGUGGGGCUGGUCUCGCCCAGCGGUUGGGAGUGUAGGGGCGUUUGCGGCUAGACGAAGAGGCGGUGCCAGGGAGUCAGAGAGGGGGCCGCAGACACUGUGGGGUCGGGGUCGGCGGUGAGGGCGCCCGGCCUGUCGGGAACCGCGGGGAAUCACCUGGGCCGUCCGGGAAGAAGCUGAACCGGCCCCGCCUCCAGCUUGUCCUCCGCCGCAGAUGCCGGUGGACGGCGCAGAGGAGCAGCAUCCCCCUGCGGCGGCCGAGGAGUUGGCCGCCCAGAAGCGCGAACAGAGACUGCGCAAAUUCCGGGAGCUGCACCUGAAGCGGAAUGAAGCUCGAAAAUUAAAUCACCAGGAAGUUGUGGAGGAAGAUAAAAGACUUAAAUUACCUGCAAAUUGGGAAGCUAAGAAAGCUCGUUUGGAAUGGGAAUUGCAGGAAGAAGAAAAGAAAAAAGAAUGUACAGCAAGAGGGGAAGACUAUAAGAAAGUGAAGUUGCUAGAGAUCAGUGCAGAAGAUGCAGAAAGAUGGCAGAGGAAAAAGAGGAGGAAAAACCCCAAUCUGGGAUUUUCAGAUUAUGCUGCUGCCCAAUUACACCAGUAUCAUAGGUUGACAAAGCAGAUCAGACCUGACAUGGACUAUGAGAGACUGAGAGAAAAGCAUGGAGAGGAGUUCUACCCAACAUCUAACAGUCUUCUUCAUGGAACACAUGUGCCUUCCACAGAGGAAAUUGAUAGGAUGGUCGUAGACUUGGAAAAGCAAAUUGAAAAACGAGACAAAUACAGCCGGAGACGUCCUUAUAAUGAUGAUGCAGAUAUUGACUACAUUAAUGAAAGGAAUGCUAAAUUCAACAAGAAGGCAGAAAGAUUCUAUGGUAAAUAUACAGCUGAAAUUAAACAAAACUUGGAAAGAGGAACAGCUGUCUAAUCUCCUUCAGGAACUGUUCUGACUGCCAAAUUGUACCAGUAAAUCAGGACUCUUUCCUUUUAUAAUUUGUAAAGACAUGUUUUACAAAUCUGUGUAUUUUCAUACUUAUAUAUUUAUUAUUCAUUUGUUUUAGAAAAAUCUGUCUUGUAUUUCUGUUUAAAGUGUGUGCUUAAUGUGUGCACUCUGCUAGGCUUAAAAUCCUUAGGUACGAACACAAGUCAUCAUCAUGCUGAAAUCUGUCAUACAUUUGACUUGACCUGGAGUUGAACUUGGGAGCUUCAGAGGUGAGAUGCUAAAUUGGCACUAAUUCUUCUUAUAAGCUAUGGUAGGUAGUGAAAGGAAGGCAGUGGUCACUGGAAAUUCAACCUAAUCCCUCCCUGCUCCAAGAGGUCACAAUUAGCAGGUGCUUGCCUGUCCCAUGUUCCAUCCCAUAGCCCAGGUCCAUUUAUGGGGCAAGCAUAGAGGGUGGGAGACUGAUUCUCCGAUAGCAUUUUACAAAUAUGCCAUCCUUCAAAAAGCAAAUAUCCCUUGGAAGAAGGUUAAAACACUUGGUGAAAGUAUUAUUAAAAUACACAUAAUACAAUCUUUUUUUUUUAAAGGCUAACUGGAAUUCUAACCUUAUUUCAACUGUAACUAAAAAAUUAGGACGUGAUUUUAGUAGUAAUUAUGGGAAACAGACGAUAGAAAACCUGAAGUCAGGAGUAGCCCAUGAAA